AGUCAGUUUCUAAAUAACAACACUGCGGCAGUUUUGUUUCAGUGGGUCGCUCCUCAUCGGACCGCGUUGUUAUCAGCCUGUUUUGUGGCUUGAUAGACACUCCGAUGUUUGUACAGUUUCUGUCCCACUCCUGACUCCCACUGUGACAUUUCGUCCUGACCAUGGAGUAUCUUCUGCAGGUGAAAAUCGGAGCUUUGGUCGGCUUGUUGCUCCUGACGCUUCUGUUUGGAUUCAUCCCUGCUAAAGUCAGAUGGUUCAGAGACACAAACGGAACAGAGGUCCACCGGACGGUUCUGAGCCUCAUCAGCUGUUUUGCCGGCGGCGUUUUCCUGGCAGCAUGUUUGCUCGACAUCAUCCCGGAUUACCUGUCUGACAUCAGCGCAGAGAUGGAUGCUCAGAAGUUGGAGACCAGCUUCCCCCUGCCAGAGUUCAUCAUGGCCGCGGGUUUCUUCACGGUCCUCAUCCUGGAGAAAAUGGUCCUGAGCUUCCGUCAGUCGAGAGGAGCUCACCACGGCGAGAGGGCACCGCUGCUGUCAGAGAACGGCCACAGCCACAGCGGGGCCGUGACGGCGCCCGACCUGGAGAGCAGCGGCCACCACGUCCACGUCGACUUCCAGGCUCACUCCCCUUUUCGCUCCUUCAUGCUUUUCCUCUCCCUCUCGCUCCAUUCGGUUUUUGAGGGGCUCGCUAUCGGCCUGCAGAGCACUGACUCUAAGGUGAUGGAGAUUUGCAUCGCCAUUCUGGUCCACAAGAGCAUCAUAGUGUUCAGCCUGUCCGUGAAGCUGGUCCAGAGCGCCGUUCAGCCGUUUUGGAUCGCCGCGUACAUCGGCGUGUUCGCCCUGAUGUCACCCUUGGGCAUCGGCAUCGGCAUCAGCGUGAUGGAGGCGCGGCUGGCAGCCGGCGCUCUGAUCCAGGCCAUCCUGGAGGGGCUCGCCGCAGGGACCUUCAUCUACAUCACCUUCAUGGAGAUCCUGCCGCACGAGCUCAACUCGGCCGGGAACCAGGUGCUCAAGGUGUUCUUCAUCCUGCUGGGCUUCACCAUCAUGGCCGCCCUGACGUUCCUCGGCUGAGCUGAGCGUCUGUGGGGAGGGGAGGGGGGUGCGAGCUCCUGCGCGUUGUGCCUCCGACUCCCGGUUUCCACAAGCCCGUUGGUCACUUUAUCACAGAGACUCGGCAUUUUUUAACAAAUUUCGCCGCUCUGUUACACUGAACUCUGGACAUUUUUAAGAUGUAAUGACUUUUCCGGUCUUAUUGCGAUAAAUGUACUGUUGGGAUUGUUUAUGGUGGAGGAAAUCAGAUGAUGUUUAUACGUUGUUUUAAGAUGAUUUUAUGUGCAGAGAAACCACUUGCAUGCCUGCAAUAAAGAGAACACAGGUA